CACGAAUAAUGUAUACAAACCGAAAAAAGGUUUCUGCAUUUCAUUUUGAGAUUUAAACCGAGCAGUUGCUUUUUUUUCCUUUCUGUUUUUUUUUUAUUACGUUAAGAAUACUAAGUGUCUCUCGUCUUUGCCGAGCUUGAUCGAUUGAAGCGUUUCUCGAAACCUGAAGGCAGUACUUUGCAGAAGCUUACUUGAUGUUUACUUCUUUCAUGUUUUCUCUUGGUGCUUAAGAUAUAUUUGGUUUUAUUUCUGCGAAUCCAGAUUGCCAAACAAUACAAUCACAUCGGCGGUUUCUUCUAGUAAUUCCUUAUAACAGCAUUGCACUAUUAGAAAAGGAAGUAUUACGCCUCAACCCCUGGUUUAUAGAAGUAAUAACUCCCUUGUUUCUUUCGUAGAUUUUUCUUCGAACCAUCCAUUUUGUUAUUCAUUCUAACUUUGUCAGCUUGUUUUGGAAUGGAUCCUUGGUUUCAAUAUGAUGAUAUUCUAACCCAGGAAUUCACUCAAAAUGCUGAUUGCCCGAUCGUGUCAGAAGUCCAGGAUGAUUUAGCUUCUUUUGAAACUACAUUUCAACCGUUCGACAUAUUACCUCCAUCUCCUGAAGACAAUGGCUCGUCACUAAUUAAUAAUAUGCAGAAUCACUCUAUCGGUCUCACAGAAAAUUUGGAUUGUGUGAAUCCAUGCCAUAUCAAUCCUUUUGAAUAUUCUUCCUUAUCUAGGAAUUCUGAGUGCUACUAUCCUAUAAGUCCCAAUCCAACGUUGUCAGAAGCUUCUACUCCCGAAAUAUCAAAUUCUCAAGGACAACAUUUGAAGAAUAAACACACGAAGAAUCGGUUUCAUUACAAACUUCAUCCUAAUCAUUAUGCACUUCUUUUUAAGUCAUUUGAUAAAGAUGCUUUUCCUCGCAUGUCUACCCAAGACAUAAACCUAGAAUACCUUCGUCAAACCGGCUUCAAUGAUCCUAUUAUUUUUCCUUCGGUUGAUACUCAAAAUACCGACCAAUUAACUCUUAGUAAAAUUGCCAUUCUCGUUGGCAAUGAUUGUCCUCUUCAUAUAGUUGAUGUCUUCACUCAAAAACAGUUAUCCAACAAAAUGACUAUGAAGCAAUGGCAGCAGUAUAUGAGACAGAAGCCUUCAGAACGAUCUAGAAUAUACGACGUUUUAAGCUUCGAAGUAUCAACUACAAAGCUCGCUCUUUAUGUUCGAAAGCCCGACAUUGUACGCGAUCUUGAUCUUGUUAAUAUCGUAUGGCCUCCCAGCGCUUUCGCUUCAGGGGACUUUCCCCGUGUUGACACUUAUUGUCAAAUGUCAGCCGAAAACUCAUACAUUGAUUUCCAUAUAGAAUUUGGCGGAUCGAGUGCUUAUUAUAAUAUUUUGGAUGGUUAUAAAGUCUUUUACCUGAUCCCUCCCAGCCAAAAACACUGGGAUGCUUACGUGUCUUGGUUAAUUCCCAAUGGAAAGAAGCGAGAUUCUUUUUUACCAGAUAUGGUGGAUAAAUGCUAUCGUGUGGAAGUUCACGCAAAAGAAACUAUUAUAAUUCCGUCUGGUUGGAUAUAUGCUGUUGAAACCCCAUGUGAUACCAUCGCAAUUUCUGGUAAUUUUCUCACUUUUCUCCAUAUUCAAUCUCAAAUUUAUAUCAAUGAGUUAGAAGUCAAUCUGGGUAUUGAAAGAGAGUUUCAAUUUCCAUGUUUUGAAAGCAUUAUGUGGUAUACUGCUGUUCAUUUCUACUUUGCUUUUCCUGAUAGUGGACCACGAGAUGGUAUUGACGACAUGCUCUCAAUAUAUGAAACAGGCCCCUUAUUUGAAGUUGAAAAGUUUACAUCACAAGAAUUGCAUGGAUUUGAAGAAUUACUAAACUAUAUAUAUAUACGUGCUCAAAUACUUCGAGAAUGCGACUUCAUUGUAGAUAUUGACCAAAAGAAUGUUCAAAUUCAGGAAAAUAAUGGAUUUGAAAUUGCAUGGGCUAUGAUUCCGCCUUUAUUAGAAGAAAUAUGCGUUGAUUUUGUUAAAAAAUUCGGAGCUUGGUUUACCUACCAUCAUGGUCGUAGUAUAUAUAUGCCUUUUCUCUAUAGCGCUCAAAAAUCGAAUUCUAGGAAGAAUAAUAAGAAAAACACUCCUGAAAAAGUUAUUAUUACAUGUCAUCGGCCUAAGAAGCGUCACUUAUUUUCAACGGUUUUGGUUCACACUCGCAAGUCCUUCAUUGAAGCUUGCAAAUCAGAAGAAGAAAGAAGCAUGAAAAGGGAAAGGAAAUUUGACAAAAAGGAAGAAGGGCAAAAGGGGAAUUAUGGUAAACUCAUAAAUCGUUCUUUUUAUUCAAGGAGUAACAUAAAUAUUUCGAACGCUACGAGUCCUUUUAUUUCAACCUUUUCAAAGGCAGUAGUUGUGAAUUUCAUUCAAGGUAUGAUUCAGAAUAGCUCUUUUGUGAUCUCCCUAAACUCUCCAGUUAUUCGGUUUCUGAAAAACCUCAUUCCAAAAAGGCUAUUGCUGCCGCUAAUAUUUUUUUCUCAGGAUUUCUUUAAGAAUUCUAGCAACUUUUCGAAUACAAAUACAAAGCUAAAAUUGAAGGCAUCCACUGAUUUUAAUGACCAUUCUUUUAUGUCGCAGGGACGUGACCUAAUAUUACACCCUCACUGUUUUCUUAAGCGUUUCAAUAAUUUGCUAUGGCUUACUAAGUAUUUUUCUUUGAAAGGAUUUUACAGAAUUCAUUGCAAUAAAAUCCGUAAUGAACGACUUUUGCAAUACCAACUCGAAGAAAAAGCAUUCGCACAUAAUUCAAGUUCUCAAAUUCAGGAUGCAAAGGAAAGUAUGACUUUUGAUGAAGAAGUCAAAAACGACGAAACUAGAUUUACAAAUAAUUUUUCGGGGUUCUCAACGCUAUUCUCAUCACCAUCAAGCAAUGAUGAUAGCUCGUUCCUGGAAGAUUAUGUUCAGAUAGCUGACACGAUUCCUUCCACAAGUAAACAGAAUUAUUCAAAACGGAAACUAAAUGAACAAGAUACGAAUCAAGAAAAAAAGCAAUUGAAAACAACAACAACAACUCGUCCAGCAAGAACAUCGGCCAGGAUAAAGUCUACGUGCAGUUCGCAAAUGAAAAACUCUAAGAACCUUCAGUCGGCAAUUGAUUCUCAUUUUCACUUAACGAAACCGGUUGUUAAAUCAAUAAAGGAUGACAAGCAUAUAAUCGAAUCUGAGAAUAGAAAGAAAAGACAUCUUGGCAAGCGGAAUAGCAAGAAUCUCCAAUUCUUAGAUGACCAAGAUCAAGAUAACAUUUAUGAUUUUGUGGAUGAACCACCUCCCAAAAUCCGUAUGAAGAUAAUGUAAAGGGACUUUCCGUUCGAUCUAUGCAGUACCUUUUUAGCAGGACAUGAAGCACGAAACAAUUUUUAUUAAUAGAUGAACGAUUGUGUGUAAUAUGGAAUUAGGUUGCAUGCUUACAGCAUUGGAGAAGCAUACAAUAUUGUCAUUUUCAGUUUAUGAGUUUAAUGGGUUGGUAUGGUUAUUACUGAUUUUUUAUUAUUAUUGUAUAAUUAAUGUAUGUUUAUACACGAUGAUUUGUUGUAUAUAUAUAUAUGAAUUUAAUCUUAAUUUAGUCACUUUUUUUUUUCUUCAUGAGGUAUAGCGAACUUUUAUUCAGUAAGUUGAAUAAGCGAGUCUCUACUGAUUUUCUUAUGAACAAGAAUAUAAUCAUCAUGGAAUAGUCAAACCUUUGUCUGUUGUAAGUCAUUUGGUGUCUCAUACCAUUUCUCUUCUCCAGGUUAUCUAUUUAAGAGAAACCUUAACUUCUUGAAGUUGUACCUUCAUGCAGAAUUUUCACACUGUAUAAUUAUGAAUUUCGAGUGGAAUAAACAACUAUAGCUAAUACCGUUGUAUACGUGAAUUUGGCUUAGUUGCACUUGUAUAUAGACGCUAGUAUUGUCAAGGAAUCAGAUUGUCGAAAAGAAAGCUGAAAGAUAAUCUUAUUGAGCUAGAUCAG